AUGAAGCAGAGAAAUAUCAAUGCAAAAAAAAGCAAUAGAACGCAUUUACCUAGAAUAGAUGGUUCUCCUAAUAUAGGAUUUUCCAAAUCUAGAACUGCAUGCAAACGAUGUCGUUUAAAAAAAAUCAAAUGUGAUCAGGAGUUUCCCAGUUGCAAAAGAUGUGCAAACUUAGAGGUACCGUGUGUUUCCUUAGAUCCGGCCACUGGAAAGGAUGUACCCAGAUCUUAUGUCUGUUUUUUAGAAGAUAGAUUGGCUGCGAUGAUGCGUAUGUUGAAAGAACGCGGUGUAGAUCCUAUGCAAGUACAGGGGAGUAUUCCUGCUACAAGUGACGAUGAGCCCUUUGAUUUGAAAAAAUAUAAUUCAGUCGCAUCUUUGGGGCAAGCGGGGCUGCUGCCACACGAUGGUUUAUUAGCAGACUAUUUAGUUCAAAAUAGAGCUUCGAAAAGCGAAAAGAUAGGGACCUCAUCGAAUAUGAGUGUAGGACAGAAAGAGUUUUCAAUGGACUCUAAAAGAGAAGGCAGUUGUUCUUUCCUACCUGAAACAAGGGGCCCGAUUACUACCGACGCAAGAGCUGAAGAACUGCAUCAGUCUAAUAAAGAGAUCAAUGCACUGGGUACAAUAAACGGAGGUAGUUUUAACUCCUUUUUAGGAGAUUCAUCCGGCAUCUCAUUCGCAAGGUUGGUGUUCACGGCAACUAACUUCCGACAAGAUUCAGGAGAUGAUGUAUUCGAUGAAGACAUAAAGCAAAGAGAACAGAAGUAUAAAGAGUAUGUUGAGGCUGAAAAUAGCCUCAAGUUUGAUCCAUUGGAACUACCUCCGCGUCACGUUGCUGAAGUUAUGAUAUCUAGAUUUUUUGUGGAUACCAAUUCGCAACUGCCCUUGCUGCAUAGGGAACUGUUUUUGAGAAAGUAUUUUGAACCUAUCUAUGGGCCAUGGAAUUCCGAUAUUACGUUGGCUUCUGACAAGACAAAUAUCAAUACAGAGUUUGAAAUCCCAGUAACCAGUACUUUUGCUUCGCAUACUGAACAAAAACAUGGAAAUAAUAACAAUAAAAUUAACAGAUUUUCUUCUGAAAAUGUUCCUUGGUAUAACACUUGGAAAUUCUUACAAGGGGACAAUAUGAGCUCAAAAGUUGAACUACCAACAGAACUUCACAUACCCUACUUUUUUCUAAACAUUAUAUUUGCUAUUGGACAUGCUACGCAAGUGCUUAAAUCAGACAUUACUACAGUUGCCACAUAUAAAAGACGCGCUGUUGGAUAUAUUACAUCUUUAUUCUCGUCUUCAGACAGAUUGGAAGCAUUGGCAGGCACUUUGCUGAUGGUAAUUUACUCGAUAAUGAGACCAAAUAUUCCGGGCGUCUGGUAUACCAUGGGUUCUGUACUAAGAUUGACUGUUGAUCUGGGAUUGCACUCAGAAAAAAUUAAUAAAAACUAUGAUGCAUUCACGAGAGAAGUUCGCAGGCGACUAUUUUGGUGCGUUUAUUCCUUAGAUCGGCAGAUUUGCUCUUAUUUCGGUCGACCUUUUGGCAUCCCCGAAGAAAGUAUAACUACAAGAUAUCCUAGUCUUUUGGACGAUUCAUUCAUCACGCUGACUAAUCAGGAUGUUGAUGAUUACUCAGAUCUGCCAAACGCGAAUCCAUCAUCAAAAGUCAUCGCACUGGCUAUGUUUAAAAUAAGAAGAAUACAAGCUAACAUUGUGAGGAUACUUUACGCGCCUGGUGCAGAAUUGCCAAGAAAGUUUACGGACCUUGAGAGUUGGCGAAUUGAAACUCACAAUGAACUUGAACGUUGGUUUCACAUGGAAGUCCCUAAGAAUUUUGAUAUAAUGAAUUGCAAAUUCAAUAGCACCUGGUUUGAGCUUAACUAUCAUUACUCGAAGAGCAUUCUUUACGGCCUUUCUCCUAAAUGCCCCACUUUGAAUGAUACCGCCUUCAAAAUUGUUCUUGACAGUACGAAGGGCACCAUAGAUGUAUUUCACAAUCUUUGUACCAAUGAAAAAAUAGGCUAUACGUGGGUUGCCGUUCAUAAUAUGUUCAUGACAGGCAUGACUUAUCUUUAUGUGAAUUUCUAUUCAAAAAACAACAUAAACGAUUCUCAUGAGAAAGUCUCCGAGUACACUGACAAAGUAUUGACAGUUUUAAAGAAUUUGAUAGGCUUUUGUGAAUCUGCGAAGACCUGUUACACCAGCUACAAAAUUUUGUCAUCAGUUGUGGUAAAGCUAAAAUUCAUGCAACUGAAUGAAGACCAUGGAAUUUUAUCCGACGCUAAUACCCUAACGGCUCAGACAAGGUUUAGGCUGAGUUACAGCAAAAUAACUGAUGUUCCUGACUGUGAUAAUAGCACAUGCGAUCACAAAGCCCCUGAUAAGAGCGAUUGUGAGGAUAGAGCACCAUUUGAUAUACCCUUAGAAGAAUUUUUCACUGAAUUGGAAAAAUAUAAUAAUUUUUCCCAAAAUGAUGCUUUAGAUGUGAAUGAAAAUAAUCCAGUGAUAAAUGACGAUGACUGUAUGAACAGUUCUUCUGCAGUGAACACCCAAUUGAAUAACAAUAAUCAAGAUAUUAUGGAUAUUCUUUUUCAGGUUACUUCAGGGUCCGUAUGGGACGAAUUUUUUGUCAGAUCUGGUAAUGGGAACGAAGGCGAGUCUUCUUAUGAAUUCAGCAAGGUAAAUAACACUGGAUCGAAUGAUAGCUCUAAGUGA